AUGCGGGAGGUAUUUGCGGCGCAGCCAUUGCGAAGAUUUGUCCAUGGGCUUCUAAUGUUCGGGACACAACUGCAGCUCUGGAUUUCUUGGAGAGCUGUGGGACGCAAGUCGGAAGCUGAACUUCUUUUGAAGGCACGGAGCGUGCGAGGGCUAGCGACAUUGAUUGGAUCGAUUGAUACCUGCAAGAUUAGUGAACUUCGCAGCGAGCUAACUUUCACGGAAGGAAUGAAAAAAGAUAUACAUCCACCUGAAUCCAAGAUGACGACAGCAUGUAACUCAGCACAAUCUAGGUCGUUAAACUCAGGUGAAAGCGUCGAGCUAAACGGAGGUGUGAAGCGUGGCAGCGAGUUCAUCGACGGUGCUUCUAAGCAAAAUAUUCGAAGGAGCAAGAGGGCGUGUGUCGUAAAUAUUUCAAGGCAAGCUCAACUCAACGCCGCGACAGCUAGAAUACGCAAAAGCGUCAAAUCUGGCGCCUCAGGAAGCAAAACUGGAGCGAAAAAUGGGUCGAAGACGUCGGAAGCUAAUGCUAACCCCGCGAUUGAAGUAGCAGCUCCUGAAACGCCUACUGCACAGGAUAACCUGGCCACAGAAAGCAGCCUUGAUGUUGGUCCAGGAUCAAACUCAUCUUUGGGAAAAAGGAACAGAGAUGCUGACGACAACGACGCCAACACCGAUGUGGACAUGUUACCUGAGCGAGAUAUGAAGAAGCUUUGCAUAUCAGGCAAUACUGGGGAAUCAAGUUUGGAAGCCAGUGUCAGGCCGGCGACUACGCAAGAAAACGACGUCCAAGGAGUUUCGGGUGAACAAGCGCUCGUUGAUGUAGAGAUGGAAACUUUGGCACCUGUUCCAGAUGUAGCCAACACUGAUUCUUUGACGAUUUACAGGAAUCGUUGGAAGACAGUCAUCGCAUCGAAACCUUUCGGACGUGCCAUCGAUGAAGAUACAACACCCCUUGAACUGAUCUGCGGGCUACGCGACGCAAUUGAAGGUCACAAGUCACUUUUUAUUGAUUCGAAGAUAUUGCACCCCGAUAUAUCGACAAAUAAUAUUAUAUUGACAGACCCGAAGCUCAAUGAUGGCUAUUAUGGGGUGUUGAUAGACUUGGAUCUGGCUAUCUCGAUGAGUGACGAUAGUUGUUCAGCAGAUGCCAAGCUCUUGACGGGGACUAUGGAGUUCAUCGCACUCGGUAUUUUGAAAGCUCAUGCAUUCCCAGAAGGGGAUGGAGUUAUUCACUCGUAUCGACACGAUCUAGAAUCUUUCUUCUAUGUACUGGUUUCAGUCUGUAUACGUCUUGGAUGGCCCUCGAAAAAAUGCACUUUCAUUGGUACGCUAAGGAAAUGGUACAAAGACUUCAAAGCUAUUAUUUUGGAUGCAUUCUCGCCAAAAUUUAAUUGCGUGAAAGAGCUGGCUUCAAAAUUGCGUAUCAAAUUGUUUCAAAGAAAUAUCGAUCCUUGUUUAGAUACCGACCCGUUUCCUGAAGAUCUUUAUAACUCGAUACUGAAAGCUUUCGAUGAGGAAAUUGUAAAGAUGAAGCGUGUGUUACAUCCUUCAGUAAUACCCUCUACUCUUCAUCAAAAGUGUAAACAUUUACUGACUCGUCUUUAA